UUUUGUGAUUGUCGGACUGUCUAAUAAGAUUGAACAUCCAUUGACGGUAUUUCUAGAUAAAAAAUUUCAUGGACUAUCUGCGUGACGAUUGGGAGAAGUUGAAUAGCACGGAGGAAUAUGAAAUUAUGAAAAAGUAUGCCACGAACGUAAAAUUGAUUACUUUCGUAUAUUUGACAUUUGCUUUUGUGGGUACAAUUAUGUUUAUGUUAAUUACCCUCGUACCCAAAUUACUGAACAUCGUGCUACCUCUCAACGAAUCCCGGCCUAUAUAUUUGCCUUACAACGCUUAUUACUUCGUGGACAAAGAAAAAUAUUAUUUCUACAUUAUGUUUCACAUUAUUGUGUGCAUACAGGUAGUUUUAAUUGCCGCAAUGGCACACGACUGCAUGUUUCUGGUUUACAGCGAGCAUAUCUGCAGUCUCUUUGCUGUGGUUGGAUUUCAUCUUGAAACGGUAUCACGUAAUGAUCGUAACGAUGCCGGAGAUAAUCGUCCGAAUGACCAAAAGAUCUACGAUCGGAAAAUCGCGAUCUCCGUUAAUGCACACUGGCGAGCUUUACGAUUAGCGGAGAUUCUUGAAGACAUCUCUUGCAUUGGUUUUGCCAUGCAAAUGCUGAUAAUGACUGUAACAAUGAGCAUUACUCUACUACAAAUCGCCUUACAGAUUAACGAAAAUCGGGAAACGCUGAAGUAUAUGAUAUAUAUCUCUGCUCAAUUGUUACAAACGUUUUGCUUUAGUCUGCAAGGUCAAAGACUGAUUGAUCACAGCGUGCAAUUGCGCGACAAAAUAUACAAUUCCUUCUGGUACGAAAUACCUGCGGAAUCACGAAGGCUGUUUCUGUUCGUGAUGCGAAGGAGUAUGCAACCCUGUUUUUUGAGCGCCGGCAAGAUUUAUAUCUUCUCUUUGAAGACCUUCUCUACGGUAAAUGUUAUUUAUGAAAUUUAUUCCUUUGAAGUCUCUUUUAAGAAUACUGGCAUGUGCAUGUUCCUUUGAAAUCUCUUCUAAGAAUACUGGCACUUAUUUUAAAGGUUAUACAGUCUUCGGUGUCGUAUUUUACCGUACUUGCAUC